AUGUCGCCCUACGCCCCAAGAGUGGGAGACGCCGUCUCCUCUCUCGACACCCCGUCCAUGAUCGUCGACCUCGGCCUGAUGGAGGCCAACAUCUCCAAGCUCAUGUCCCAGCUCCUCCCCACCGGCGUCAACAUCCGCCCGCACCUCAAGACCACCAAGUCCGCCGCCCUCGCCCGCCGCCUCAACGCCGCCGGCGCCAAGGGCGGCUGCGUCGCCAAGCUGUCCGAGGCCGAGGUCAUGUGCGCCAUGGGCUUCGACGACCUGUUGAUCACCUGCGAGAUUGUCGGCGAACCCAAGGUGCGGAGGCUGGUGGACCUGUUUGCUCGCCAUCGGAAGCUGAGAAUCGUGGUGGAUGACGCCGGCGCCGCGACUGCCAUUGACAACGCCCUGCGUGAGGCGGGCCUCCCCGAGGACGAGGCCAUCACGACGCUGAUCGACCUUGACGUCGGCCUGCACCGCACCGGCGUCAAGCCCGAGGGUGCGGUGGACCUGGCGAAGCAUGUCGCCGGCCUGAAGCACCUACGACUCAUCGGCGUCCAGGGCUACGAGGGUCACUUGCAGCACGUGCAUGGGGUCCACGAGAGGAGGCGGCUCUGUCUCGAGAGCAUGGCCAUCCUGACCGCAACGGCCGACAAGUUGCGGGCCGAAGGGCACGACAUCCAAGUGGUCACCACCGGAGGCACUGGCACCGCCGAGUUCUGCGUCACCGUCCCCGGCGUCACCGAGGUGCAGCCCGGCAGCUUCUUGUUCAUGGACACCGACUACCGCAACGCUGUCGGGUCUUUCUACGGCAACAGCCUGACUAUCCUGUCGACCGUGUUGAGCAAGCAGGGGCCGAAUGCAGUGACCAUCGACUCUGGGCUCAAGUCUCUAACCACCGACAGUGGCCUUGCCGAGGCAAAGGACAAGAGGUACACAUAUGGCGUCCUGGGUGAUGAGCAUGGCAGUCUGAGCUGGGAACCCGGCACUCCCGACCUGAAUGUUGGUGAUCGGGUGGAGAUGAUCCCUAGUCAUAUCGAUCCGACUGUCAACCUGCAUGACGUCUACUAUGCUUACAGGGAGGGUGUGGUGGAAGAGAUCUGGGAGGUUGACACAAGGGGGAAGGUCCAGUAA